AAUAGAUCUGGAGAUGGUGGUGAUUGGUCGCGGUACUCUUUCUUUUGACGACUCUGCUCAAUGGCCAGCACGUGCAAUCCCGUUACCCUAUUGCAAGGCUCUGUAGACGAAAAGACCAUAGAUGAAGCUCAUGCAGGAGGAGGCAAAUCUUUCGUAGGACAGCAAGGAGACAAAAACAACGAAGACGCCGAUGUACAGGCGGCCUUUGCGGCAGAUUACCCUGACGGCGGAUGGAGGGCGUGGCUGGUUGUGGUCGGGGCAAUGUGCAGCUUAUUUUCUACUUUCGGUUAUGUAAAUACAUGGGGUGUGUUUCAAGCGUACUACGAGGAGAGCCUUUUGUCGCAGUCUAGUGCCUCUGCAAUCGCGUGGAUAGGAUCCAUACAGUAUUCUCUCGUAUUCUUGCCUGGUUUAGUCACCGGUCGAAUGUUCGAUAUUGGGUAUUUCAAGAUACCAUAUCUUCUCUCUAGUAUUCUUCUUGUGGCGGCAACAUUUCUCGUAGGUGAAUGCACCAAAUACUGGCAGUUUCUACUCUGUCAAGGAUUUGCCAUCGGACUUUCAUGUGGAGCGAUAUUUGGUCCGACGAACAGUAUCAUUGGACAUUGGUUCCGCCGAAAGAGGGGCCUUGCUAUGGGUUUAACAACUUGUGGCUCCUCUGUCGGGGGUACUAUAUUCCCAAUUGUCGCACGCAAACUUAUAUCCGCCGUGGGAUUUCCAUGGACCAUGCGGAUCAUCGGGUUCAUACUCAUAUUGAGUACGGGUAUAUCAAACUUGACUCUAGAACGACGGCUCCCUCCUACACGUGUCAAGGGUGGACUUGCAAACUUCAGUGCUUUCAAGAGUGUCCCAUACACUAUUUAUUGCAUUUCAGGUUUUACGACGUUCCUUGGUCUAUACACUGUCUUGACAUACAUCGAUAUCAGUUCGAUAGCUGUUGGCAUCUCUCCUGAUUUUUCUUUCUAUUUAAUCUCCAUCGCCAAUGCUGCAUCAGGUUUGGGUCGUAUAGUUGCCGGCAUUCUCACAGACAAGUUUGGCGCUGUGAAUUAUAUGGCCCCCGUAACUCUCGCAGCCGGCAUCUUGACAUACGCCUGGCCAUUUGCACGAGACAAGCCUUCUAUCAUUGUUAUUACCACACUUUACGGCUUUACCAACGGUGCUUACAUUUCUUCGUUCUCGAUACCUAUUUUUGAGCUCGGUGAUAUGGGCGACCUGGGACGAAGACUGGGAAUGGCCAUGAGCAUCGCUGCGUCUGGUGCGUUAGCUGGACCUCCGAUUUCCGGCGCGAUAUACAGUGCAACGGGGGGAUUUGAAGCGGUCGGGUAUUAUGCAGGAAGCACCAUAGUUCUUACCGUGGUGCUGUUGCUUGUAGUCCGUCACUUAGUCCUCGGAAGGUUGGUGGGAAAGUUCUAAGUAAGUACGACAUUACGGGGCGGCUUCCCUCUCAGAAUCACGGCUACUUCCGCUGCUUUUUUCUCACGUUGUCAUGAAAUCAGCUAUGCACGUAAAUUAUAUUGGCAUUGGCGAAGGCGCAUCAAAGGACCAGAUGUAUCUAUAUCAUUCACUGCAGAUUCAGAUGCAAUUAGACGAGUUGAUGUGAC